UGAGCAUAGAGUAUAUUAUUUCACCACAAACUACUAAUUAUUUCACUGUAGUCAAUUUACCGAUUAUUUAUUUAUUUUACGAUUAUAUAUUGUCUGUGGAGUGGACUGCCGCUCGUUUGGUGUAUUUGUUGUGGGAAUUAAUUUUUCUGAAAAUAAUCGAAAAUGGUACGAAUUGCAUGAAAAUAAUGUGUGUAAACAUGUAACUUAGUAAUCGAACGAUAAUGUGAUUCCUGUAUUAACUUACUUAUUUUCGUAUACCGUGCGUGUAUUGAGUACCUACAUAACGAGGUUCCAUGCUCGUGUAGAUUAGAGGAUUAUGGACAUGAAGCACUUGAGGCUGAGCAGCGCAUGAACAUUGUAAAAUGAUGACGUCCAUGGCGGCUGGGGGCUCUGGGGACCCUCACACCCAGAUGAACACCUAUCGCAGCUAUGUAACCAUGUUGGCGGACCCGGGUGCCAAGGAUGAAAUAAAACUAAAAGCCGCCCAAGAGCUCAGCGAAAACUUCGAGGUCAUACUGAGUUCCCCUCAAUACCCUCAAUUUCUUGAUCAUUCUCUAAAGAUAUUCCUUAAAAUCCUUCAAGAGGGUGAGCCUCACUUCAUAGCUGAGUACAAUAUCCAGCAAGUGAGAAAACUUAUACUGGAAAUGAUACAUCGCUUACCUAUCAGUGAGACUUUAAGACCUUAUGUAAAAAGUAUCCUGAUUUUGAUGUUGAAGUUGAUGGAAAUUGAAAAUGAAGAAAAUGUAUUGGUAUGUUUGAAAAUUUUCAUGGAACUACACAAACAAUAUAGACCUGCAUAUUCUACUGAAGUUGACAUUCACAAAUUUCUGCAAUGGGUGAAGGGCAUUUACUCAGAUUUGCCAAACCACCUACCUAAGAUAUUUGAACCAAAACCCACAAUUCGAGUGAAAGAUUUGUCAGAGGUCAAUAUUGAGCAGUUAUUGCAGGAAACUUAUACAACCACUCCAAUUCAUACCGAAAAGAAGUUACUUGAUGGCAGUGUGGUCACUUAUAAUCUCAUACCAAAAUCUGUGCUAUCACUGAAAGUGAUACAGGAGUUACCGAUCAUAGUGGUGCUCAUGUAUCAGCUAUACAAACAGAAUGUGCAUCAGGAAGUGAGCAACUUCAUCCCUCUUAUAAUGGAAACUAUUACAUUACAACCUGCACCUACACAUAGGCAAUCAGCUUCCUUUAACAAGGAAGUGUUCGUUGACUUUAUGGGGGCCCAGAUAAAGACUCUAGCCUUCCUGGCAUACAUCAUAAGGAUAUAUCAGGACACCAUAGCGAAUCACGCCAAUUUGAUGGUGAAGGGUAUCAUCGGGCUACUCACACUAUGUCCCCCUGAAGUGGCACACCUGCGAAAGGAGCUCGUGAUUGCCACGCGCCAUAUCCUUGCCACAGAUCUCAGGCUAAAGUUCGUACCGUACAUGGAGCGUCUAUUCGACGAGGACGUUCUGCUUGGCGAUGGAUGGACUGUGCAUGAGACUUUGCGUCCGCUCGCAUACUCCACCUUAGCGGACUUAGUACACCACGUCCGUCAGCAUUUGCCACUCAGUGACUUGGCUAUCGCCGCGCAUUUGUUUUCUAAGAACGUCCAUGAUGAAUCUUUGCCGACUAGCAUUCAAACAAUGUCGUGUAAGUUGCUCCUGAACUUAGUGGAUUGUAUAAGGCAGAGGUCUGAGAGCGAGGGUACGGCCGGCACCGCAGCACAGCCGCAGGGAAGGCAGUUGCUCAUGCGUAUAUUAGAAGUAUUCGUGCUCAAAUUUAAGACAAUUUCGAAAUUGCAAUUACCUGCACUUAUGGCUAAAUGUAAACAAAGUACUCCCAACGUAAAUGGCAAUGGUACUAAUCCCAGCACGCCAACAACACCUGCACCGAGUACAUCUGCAGCUGAAAUAAAGUUGGAGGAAGAGAAACCAACUACAGACUUCCUUGACAGCAUAGCCAAACCUGAGGAGAAGUCUAAAAUAGGUUUUCUUAGUAAUCAAAUGAGUAAUCUCAAUGUAGGUGACUAUAGAACAUUAGUCAAGACUUUGGUGUGUGGAGUGAAAACUAUUACUUGGGGCUGUGCGUCUUGUAAGGCACAACCAACUACAGAAGGCACCUCCACAACUGCUAUAACAGGUCAGAAGCAACUUAGUGCCAAAGAGACUUUAGUGUACAUAAGACUCGUGCGAUGGGGUCUUCAGUCAUUGGAUAUUUACACGUUAUGCGCGCCACGGGCCCCUGCUAUGCCUCCAGCUAUGCCCCAUGUGAGGUCCAAAGAGGAGAAGGAGGUGCUUGAACAUUUCAGCGGAGUGUUUUCAAUGAUGAAUCCACAAACUUUCCAAGAAAUAUUCACCGCGACGAUUUCCCACAUGGUGGAAAGAAUAAAUAAGAAUAUGACACUGCAAAUAAUUGCAAAUACGUUCCUAUCGAACCCUGCAACAUCGCCUAUAUUUGCGACCGUUCUAGUCGAGUAUCUUCUCAAAAGAAUGGAGGAGAUGGGCACUAACAUCGAAAGAUCCAAUUUAUAUUUGAGGCUUUUUAAGCUCGUCUUUGGUUCUGUCAGUCUAUUCCCAACCGAAAAUGAGCAAAUGCUGCGACCACAUCUGCACAGCAUCGUCAAUAAGGCCAUGGAUUAUGCCAUGACUGCCAAAGAACCGUACAACUAUUUUCUGUUGUUAAGAGCCUUAUUCCGUUCUAUUGGCGGUGGCAGCCAUGAUUUACUUUACCAAGAAUUCUUGCCACUUCUGCCUAAUCUGUUAGAGGGGCUAAAUCGUCUGCAAAGCGGUCUACACAAGCAACACAUGAAGGAUCUUUUUGUUGAGUUGUGCUUGACUGUACCAGUCAGACUUAGCAGUUUAUUACCUUAUUUACCAAUGUUGAUGGACCCACUGGUAUCGGCAUUAAACGGAUCGCACACCUUGAUUUCCCAAGGACUUCGGACGCUCGAGCUCUGCGUGGAUAAUUUACAACCUGACUUCUUGUAUGAACAUAUACAGCCAGUCAGAGCAGACCUAAUGCAAGCGCUUUGGAGAACGCUACAAAACAAUGAAGUCGCUAGGAUCGCGUUCAGAGUUCUUGGGAAAUUUGGCGGCGGCAACCGCAAAAUGAUGAUUGAGCCACAAAGAUUAGAAUAUCGCGAGACGGACGCGCCACCACCAGCAGUACAAGCGUAUUUUCAGGAUCAACCUAGGCCCUUAGAUUUUGAGGUAGACAAGGUGAUAGAAACAGCUUUUUCUGCACUUAAGUCUAGUACAACAGACCCAUUCUACCGUCGACAAUGUUGGGAAGUGUUGCGAUGCUAUUUGGCGGCAUCUCUAAAUUUGGAAGAUGACAAAGCAACUCUGCAGAAGCUCUUUAAUCAUCCGAGUUUCGUCGAAGGCAAAAUUCCUAUACAAAAUGGACCUUAUUACAAGUGUACAAAUUCCAUUGUGAGAAAUACACAUCGGACUGCACUAACGGGAAUGUUCGUUGCUGCAGCUAUCAAGGAACUGCGCCAUCAUGUUCUUCCGACGAUGGUCUCUUUAGUGAGACACUAUACUUUAGUUGCUAUAGCCCAAGAAGCGGGACCAUUCGCUGGGUGUGGCGGUCCAAAAGAAGGACUCGACGCCCUAGUCCUAGUAGACGCUAUAGCAGUAGUAAUGGGGCACGAAGAGAAAGAAUUAUGCAAGCCUGGUCAUUUGGCUUUGGUUUUGAUGAUAGAAACAGCUGGAACAGUACUGGGCAGCAAGGAGCGCGCGUGUCGUUUGCCCCUGAUGGAAUAUUUAGCCGAACGAAUGUCAGCACUUUGUUACGAGCGGGCAUGGUACGCCAAAUUAGGGGGGUGUAUCGCCGUUAAGUUCAUGUUCGAAAAGAUGGCCCCCGAGUGGGUUUACAAACACGUAUUUACAUUUUUGAAAGCUGUUCUUUUUGUUAUGAUGGACUUGACGGGUGAGGUGUCAUCAGGUGCCAUCGACAUGGCGACAGUCAACUUGGAGCGAUUAGUUCGCGUUUGUGUCACCGGACCUGGUGGACACGGAGUAGAACCUGAGGGAGAAGUGGCUGCUGCUAAAGCCAGAGCGCUCCAUGAUGUUCUUCAAGAACUCGUAUUGCAAGUGACCAGUCCUCAUCUGCUUGUAAGACAGCAGGCCAUGAAGUCGUUAGAACUAAUAGCGGAACUACAAAACAAGACUGUGACAGAGGUAAUGGACCCUCACAGAGAGGUGUUAGCGGACAUUAUUCCGCCUAAAAAGCACUUAUUACGGCAUCAACCAGCUAACGCUCAGAUGGGUCUCAUGGACGGAACCACUUUCUGUACAACUUUGAAACCUAGACUGUUUACAAUAGAUUUGAACGUCAACGAGCACAAGGUGUUCUUCCGGGAACUGCUUUCGCUAUGCGAAGCGGAAGACGCAAUGUUAGGCAAGCUGCCGUGCUACAAGGGUGUCAAUCUGGUCCCUCUAAGAGCCUCAGCGCUGAAAGCCUUGGCCUCCUGCCAUUAUAUACAGGAGAAACAUUGUCGGGAGAAAAUUUUCCAAGUUCUAUACAAAUCUCUCGAGAAAAAUGAUACAGAAUUACAACAGGCGGGCUUCGAAUGUAUGCAGAAGUUCCUAGCUGGUUUCCAAAUUGACAUGGAAAUGGUACAUCCAGUGAUGCGACCUCUACUGUUGACGCUGGGUGACCACCGCAACUUGAGUGUGAACGGUGCUAAGCGACUUUCGUAUUUGACACAACUGUUUCCUUCGACAUUUAGCGAGAAGUUGUGCGAGCAGCUUCUUCAGUUGCUGAAGAAGCUACUUGAUUACUCCAUUCAGACGAAUAGAGGUGGCAACUUUUUACAAAGCGUAUCGAAGAAUAUGGAGAAUGAGCAAAAGAUCAUCAUCUUAAUCGGUAUAUUCCACCAAAUACCAGCCGCUUCGCCGCGCUUCAUAGAUGUAUUGUGUCGUCUCAUUUUCCAUACAGAAAAGUCCCUCAUGAUCGAAGCUGGGUCGCCGUUCAGAGAACCCCUCGUGAAGUUCCUACUCAGGUACCCCAAAGAAACACUCGACCUAAUAAUGAUGGAGAACAACAUCAAGGAUCAACAAUGGAGUCGUUUCCUAGUUUUCCUUAUAAAGCACCCAGAAGCGGGAGCAGCUUACAGGGAAGCGCUUCAAACCUCAAAGAAAGCCCGACUUAUGCAACUGUUGGCUGCAAACAGCGGCGGGGCAGCGGCCAACAUGCCACAGGCUGACAAAUCAGAAAUGCAAUUCCAAGCCAUUCGAGUUAUAUCGCUACUGAUCAAGUAUGAUGACCAGUGGCUGUCUACACAGCAUGAUUUGGUGGAGCUUCUAAAACGUAUUUGGUGCAGUGACCAGUACCAUGAUAUCCACAAGAAAGUGGAGAACGUGGAUUGUACGCACUGGAAAGAGCCGAAGCUGAUCGUGAAAGUUUUGUUGCACUAUUUCUGCCACCACCCGUCUAACAUCGAUUUGCUUUUCCAGCUGCUGCGAGCCUUGUGUGACCGGUUUAUACCAGAUUUCCAGUUCCUCCGUGAUUUCCUAGAGAACACGGUAGCACAAAACUACACGGUGGAAUGGAAACGGUCAGCAUUCUUCCGUUUUGUGGAACAUUUCUCAAGCGAUUCAAUGUCCCAGGACCUUAAAGCUAAAGUUCUUCAAAUGAUACUAAUACCGUGUUUCGCGGUUAGCUUUGAGAAGGGACAGAAGAUUGUAGGAGGACCACCGGCGCCAUACCAGGACAACCCGGACAAUGUUGUGUCUGUGUUUAUAAAUAACGUAAUAGAUCCAGAAAAUCCUUUCGCGUGUUCCGACGCAGUUCGCAUAUCGCUUCUCCAAUUUGCUUGUCUGCUACUGGAGCAGGCGUCUGCGCAUAUCCAUGAUGCCAACAAUAAGAAGCAAGGCAAUAAGCUAAGGAGACUUAUGACUUUCGCCUGGCCUUGUCUACUGGGAAAGAACUACGUCGACCCCGCGACUAGAUACCACGGUCAUUUGUUAUUGAGUCACAUUAUUGCCAAGUUCGCUAUUCACAAGCGGAUUGUUUUGCAAGUGUUCCACAGUCUUCUAAAAGCGCACGCUGUUGAGGCGCGGUCAGUAGUUCGCCAAGCGCUCGAAAUACUGACUCCGGCGAUGCCGCAGCGUAUGGAGGACGGGAACACGAUGCUUACGCACUGGACAAAGAAGAUCAUCGUCGAAGACGGACACUCUGUGCAACAGCUCUUCCACAUAUUGCAGCUUGUUGUUAGACACUAUAAGGUGUACUACCCCGUGCGGCACGCUCUAGUGGGGCACAUGGUGGCUGCAAUGCAACGUCUUGGAUUCUCCGCCACUGCGUCAUUAGAACACAGACGACUGGCCGUCGACCUGGCUGAAGUGGCUCUUAAAUGGGAGCUGCAGAGGAUACGGGACCACACACAUGAUGAUAACGUGGUGGCAACAUCGCCAAGUGGAGCAAUGAAGCGUGGAUCGACAGACGACGUAAGUGAAGCUCGCAAAGCGCUGAACACAGGAUGGGCGAGCCCACAAGCUAGCGUAUCGAGAAUGGAACCCGACGCGGCAAAGCCCCUUGACCGACAACACGUCGACGUAGUCGUCAAUCUGCUGUUGCGACUAGCUUGCCAGGUAGUGAAUGAGGGCAGUGUCGCUGCGGGCGGUGCGGCUACCGGAUCUCCCGGUGAGCAGUUGUCACGGCGUUGCGUGCUGUUGCUCAAGGCGGCGCUCAAACCUGAUGUAUGGCCGCACCUCUGCGAGCCUAAACUUGCUUGGUUGGACAAAGUAUUUGCGACAGCAGACACGAACGCUGCAGCGUGUGCUAACGCUUGCACUGCUUUAGAACUAUUAGUAUUCCUUUUAGGAGUACUACGCCGUGAACAGAUUCUAGCUGCAUUGAAACCACUGCAAAGAGGACUGGCGGUCUGCGUUUCCUCUACCAACGCGAAAAUCGUACGAUUAACACAUAAUCUUCUGGCGAAAUUAACGUCCCUCUUCCCAACAGAGCCGACUGGCGCUGCACAAUCGUCAAAGUAUGAAGAACUAGAAACUCUCUACGCUUGUGUGAGCAAAUAUGCCUUCGAAGGCCUUGCUACUUAUGAAAAGUCGGCUCCAGGAGGCGGUGCAGGAGCCCUACUCGGGCCACUAAUGAUGUUAAAAGCCUGCUGCACGUCGAACCAGGGAUAUAUUGAUCGCUUGCUACUGCCACUGAUGAGAGUGCUCCAUCGAAUGGUGAAGGACCACGUUGCAGCCUCCACUCCUGAUGGCGCUACUUCUGAUUUACUGAUCCUCGCACUAGAUCUGCUGAAAGGACGGGUCUCCGUGAUGCCGGUAGACACAAGGAAGACGUUCAUAGGUACAGUCCUAGUGGGACUUAUUGAAAAGACUACUGAAGCUAAGGUCAUGAAAGCAAUUACUCGUAUGGUGGAAGAAUGGGUGAAAAAUCGUAACGGGAACGUAGCACUGGCGACCGCGCCCUCCCUCCGCGAGAAAUCUAUAUUGCUUGUCAAACUUAUGCAGUACGUGGAGAAACGGUUCCCUGACGACUUGGAACUAAACGCGCAUUUCCUCGACAUCAUCAACUUUGUGUACAGAGACGAAAACUUGAAAAUGUCAGAGCUCUCAAUGAAACUGGAGCCUGCGUUUUUAGCCGGUUUGCGUUGUCCCCAACCGCACAUUCGAGCUAAGUUCUUCGAAGUCUACGACCAGAGCGUUCGCCGACGAAUCUUUGAUCGUCUACUCUACGUCAUCUGCUCACAAAACUGGGAACAUAUUGGACAACACUUCUGGAUCAAACAGUGCCUUGAAUUGUUGCUUGUUACCUGUGUAUCGAGUACCCAAAUCCGUCUAUCAAACACAAAGUAUCUUCUACCGAAUAUAUCUGCUGUCAUCAACUGGGCGGAUAGUGAAGAACGCAAAUCCUUCGUGAUAUUCAGCAGCGUGAAAGAAGAGUCGAGCGAUGGCUUCAGCGACUCCCUAGAGACUGAUAAAGAAGACGUCCUUGACAUGGAUUUAGAUUCGAGCUCCAAUCAAAAAGAGGACGUUACAAAGAACGUGCCAGAUAGGCAACGCUCCAUCAAUAACAUAAUAGCAAAGCAGUCUGAUUUCCUCGAUCUCGCGCGUCGCGUGCGCACAGAGCAGUUAGUGGUCGCGACCGCGCAACUCUGCCACAUGGACGAUGCGUUAGCCCAUCACACCUGGCUGCGAAUGUUCCCUAAACUGUGGUCUACCAUGGAUGAUCGCCAACUUGGAUCAAUUGUGACCGAAAUAGUUCCGUUCAUAAUAUCUGGUGUCCACGUAAUUCAACGGGACCAACCGCUAAGCGCUAUGAACACAUUUAUCGAGGCUCUCGCGAGAUGUACCCCUCCCGUGGCUAUGAAACCACCAAUGAUGAAAUACCUUGGUAAAACUCAUAAUCUAUGGCACCGCAUGACCCUGAACUUGGAACAAAUGGCCAUAGAUCAAGCAAGUGGUCGUCCCCCACGGGAGGUUCUCGAGAUCUACGACUACGAUACUGAGACUACCACACCAUCGGAGGUGCUGGACUCCCUAAGUGACAUGUAUGAAUUGCUACAAGAAGAAGACAUGUGGUCGGGAUUAUGGCAGAAGCACGCGCGAUACCGGGAGACCAACGUCGCCAUUGCGUAUGAACAACAAGGCUUCUUCGAACAAUCCCAGGCCGCUUACGACGUGGCAAUGUCUAAACUUAAACAAGAGUACUCAGCUAACCCAAGCUCUUACAACAUGCACAAAGAAUGUACAUUGUGGACCAAUCAUUGGAUCAAAUGCGCGAAGGAACUGAAUCAGUGGGACUCCCUCCUUGAUCUGGGUCUUACCAGGAAUGUUCGGGAUCCUUUUCUGAUAUUAGAGAGCUCGUGGAGGAACCCUAACUGGCCGACCAUGAAAGACGCUCUCGUUGAAGUGGAGUACAACUGUCCCAAAGAAUUGGCAUGGUUGGUGAAUCUGUACCGCGGGUACCUGUGCAUCUGCGCCGGCGGCGAUCAGCAGCUGUCGGGCGUAGAACGGCACGCGGAAGCAGCGGCGGCACAAUGCCUGCGUGAGUGGCGCCGCCUACCGCGCGUCGUCAGCCAUGCUCAUUUACCGCUGCUGCGAGCUGCCCAGCAGCUCAUGGAGCUCAGCGAAGCCGCGCAGAUUCACACUGGCCUUCUCCACAGUCGGCCAACCUCUCUUCAUGACAUGAAGGCAAUAGUAAAAACAUGGCGCAAUAGACUACCCGUGGUCGCUGACCCGUUGUCACACUGGGGCGCGAUAUUCACGUGGCGACAGCAUCAUUAUCAAUUCAUUGCGUCGCAUUACGACUCGCAGACGGAGCACGCCGCCAACCACAGCAUGCUAGGCGUCCACGCGAGCGCUCAAGCCAUCAUACAUUUCGCGAAGAUUGCUCGAAAACACAAUCUGUCAGGUGUUUGCCUAGAUUCUCUGCACCGUAUUUACACUAUCCCGAGCGUACCAAUUGUGGACUGCUUUCAAAAGAUCCGACAGCAAGUCAAAUGUCACAUCCAAAUGUCGUGGACGGAGGGGAAAGAUGAACUUCAGGAAGGUCUGGACAUGAUAGAAUCGACCAACUUUAAAUAUUUCACGAAGGAGAUGACGGCCGAAUUUUACGCAUUCAAAGGACUGCUUUUGGCUCAACUGGGUCGAUCUGAAGACGCUAACAAGGCUUUCGCGGCAGCAGUCCAGCUCCAUGACACGCUGGUAAAGGCAUGGGCUCUUUGGGGCGAUUACUUGGAGCAAAUUUUCAUAAGGGACCCUCGUCAGAUUACCGUUGGGGUCUCUGCAAUGACUUGCUUCUUGCACGCGUGUCGUCAUCAGAAUGAGUCCAAAUCGAGGAAAUAUUGUGCAAAGGUUUUGUGGAUGCUAAGUUUCGACGAUGAGAAGAACAGUCUAGCUGAGGCACUGGACAAAUACUCAGUGGGUGUUCCUCCCGUCCAAUGGCUGCCAUGGAUUCCACAGCUCCUCUCUUGCCUGGUGCAGUAUGACGGAACCGUUAUUCUGAAUCUGCUCAGCCAUGUUGGCCGUCUUUACCCACAAGCGGUCUACUUCCCUAUCCGCACUCUAUACCUGACGUUGAAGAUAGAGCAACGCGAACGUCACAAAAGCGCCGAGAACACGACCGGACACGUAUCACAUCAAGCCACCGCCGCUGCUAGCACAAGCAAGGCGAGUGAGAGCGCAUCUUCGACGAGCGGCGGCUCCACGGCCAGCGAGGCAGGCACCAUCAAAGCUACGUUGCCCAUGUGGCGCUGCUCGAAGAUAAUGCAGCUGCAGAGGGAAAUACACCCUACUGUGCUCUCGUCUCUCGAGGGCAUCGUCGACCAGAUGGUAUGGUUCCGAGAAAACUGGUACGAGGAGGUGCUGCGGCAGCUACGCGCUGGGUUGGCCAAAUGCCACGUGGUGGCAUUCCACCAUCGCGUCGCCGUCGCCGACGCCACCGUAACUCCACACACGCUCAACUUCAUCAAAAAGGUCGUCUCCACCUUUGGAAUCGGCAUUGGCAUCAGCUCGGAAGUUGUUUCAAGUUCUGUAAGUGGUGCAUUCUCUUCAGCUGCAUCAGAGAGCCUCGCACGGCGCGCACAGGCCACGGUGCAGGACCCCGUCUUUCAGAAGAUGAAAACCCAGUUCACCGCUGAUUUCGACUUCACGCAGCCUAAUGCCAUGAAGCUGCAGAAUCUCAUACAAAAGUUGAGGAAGUGGGUCAAAAUACUAGAGGCCAAAACCAAAGUGCUGCCCAAAUCUUUCCUCAUUGAAGAAAAAUGUCGGUUCUUAUCGAACUUCAGCCUAAAAACAGCUGAAGUCGAGUUGCCGGGCGAGUUUUUGCUUCCUAAACACACACAUUACCACGUUCGUAUAGCACGGUUCAUGCCUCGCGUUGAAAUUGUACAAAAACACAACACGUCUGCUCGUAGGCUCUAUAUACGGGGCCACAACGGAAAGAUAUAUCCCUACCUGGUUGUGAAUGAUUCGGGAUUAGGCGACGCAAGGCGCGAAGAACGAGUGCUGCAACUUUUGAGAAUGUUGAACCACUACUUGGGAAAGCAGAAGGAGACGUCGAGGAGGUUCCUACACUUCACAGUCCCGCGUGUUGUGUCCGUGUCUCCACAGAUGCGUCUCGUUGAAGAUAACCCCAGUUCCAUAUCUUUGUUGGACAUCUAUCGCACCGAAUGCGCAAACAGGGGUGUUGAAUACGACGCUCCCGUGGCGCGGUACUACGAACGGCUUGCGGCAGUUCAGGCAAGGGGAUCACAAGCCUCUCAUCAGGUUCUUAGAGACAUCCUUCGUGAGGUGCAAGCGACAAUGGUGCCAAAAGGCAUGGUACGCGAAUGGGCGGCGGCGACAUUCGCUGCGCCCACUGACUACUGGACGUUCCGCAAAAUGCUGACUCUACAACUGGCGCUGGCCAGCUUCGCGGAGUACGUGCUACAUCUCACGCGCCUCAACCCCGACAUGAUGUACGUCCAUCAGGACUCUGGACUCCUCAACGUCUCGUACUUUAAGUUCGACGUCGAUGACACUACAGGUGAGCUGGACGGCAGUCGCCCCGUACCAUUCCGUUUGACGCCGAAUAUCUCAGAGUUGCUGACGACCAUCGGCAUCACCGGCCCUCUUACCGCAUCCUGCAUCGCCGUAGCUCGGUGUCUCGUUACGCCUAACUUCAAGAUCCAAUCUAUACUUCGUACUAUUCUCAGAGAUGAGAUGAUCACUGGUUACCGUAAGAGAAUUGAAGAUAAAUCUGGAUUGACAACGCCAAGUACUUCAUCAGAAAAUAAACCAAUGGAAAUGGAUAACGAGACAAUCAUCAACAUGGUGAACAAAGCUGUUACCGUGAUCAUGAACAGGCUGAAUUCUCUUGCUCUUUUUGAUGGCCCCGACAGCAAAGUGGCAACCUUGGUCUCUGCGGCCAACAGUCAUGACAAUUUGUGCCGAAUGGAUCCUGCUUGGCAUCCGUGGCUGUAAAGACUGGAUAUUCGAGACGGAUCUAUUUACAAAACAAUUCUACAUCUAAAUGUUAGUGUUUACGUUAAGAUCGUUUUAUUGUGUUGUACUAAGUGGAUCUGUGCAAAUACCGUGAUAACAUUUUAUAAUAUUUAAAUGUUUUUCGAUACAAAUGAUCUACAUGUGUGACUGAGAACAAAAUGUUUCACAAUUUAUAGAUUUAGAACUUUUAAUAAAUCUAAAAACUUAUAAAGGUUUACUUUAUGUAUAACGACGUUGUGUUGUUUGGGAUUGUGUAUCAACGAUUGAGAAACGGCGAUAAUACGACGGUGGUAUGUAAAUGAUAAAAUUGUAUAAUUUUUAC